GGUAGGUGCGCCCCUUGGGCAGAUUGGGCCAUCAUUUACAGGCAUUACAGUAGCAGUAAGAGUUACAGUACAAGUACGAGUGUUUUCGAUUUCCGGCUCGGUUCCCAGGGACUAACAUCAACAUCAUCGCAAACUCGCUGCAGACCAAAUCUUGCAGUUAUAUUAGCGCUCGUCUGCUCUCCACGAUGCUGGGGAGCCUUGACAGGUUUACGCGAGCUCCAUCAGGUCCUUUAG